AUGUAUGCUACGUUCAGAGCAACUAGCAACCUGAAAGAAAGUUCGGAAGCACGCCUGCAGGCUCUAGGGAUUCACAUUCAAAUUUUCAGCCGUAUGUUAGGAACUCUUUACACCGAUGAGGAAGACCAACAUCUGGUUAAGUACCUCGCAACAUACACCCCUGGAACUGCAGGGCGAUGUGGUACCAAGCUAUACAAGGAUCUUGUUGACAAUCUUUCUACCAGACGAACUCCUUUCACCGAUGAAGAAAAUCAACAUCUGGUCAAGUACCUCGCAACAUACACCUUCGGAACUGUAGGGCGAUGUGGUAACAAGCUAUACAAGGAUCUUGUUGAUAAUAUAAAAAGUGGUCGUGGAGCGCCCGGCACACCUGGCAGUCAUGGCCUUUCUACCAGACGAACUCCUUUCACCGAUGAAGAAAACCAACAUCUGGUCAAGUACCUCGCAACAUACACCCCCGGAAUUGCAGGGCGAUGUGGUAACAAGCUAUACAAGAAUUUGGUUGAAAAUGUAGACGAAAAGUUGCCGUGGAGCAAGGAGCAUAGUUGGCAGUCAUGGCGUGAACGAUAUAGGAAAAAUCAGGAUCGGUUUAACCACCUUAUUCGGCUGUAUCAGAAGGAGAAGAACCUGCCAGAGGAACACCGUACGGUCCCACGAUCAUUCAAGCCGGAAACGGGACCAACGACCGCUUCCGAAGAGGAGGCAGAUGUCAAUGAGGAAGUUCAUCAACGUAAGCGCAAGCGGGUCUCAGAGACAGGGAAUGGGUCAGCCAAGCGGCCAAAGCACGAUCAGACGCCUUCUGUGACUCAUCCCGCCCGGAAACGUGCCAAUGCUCAAGCUGGCGCGGUCGUAGGUCCUUCCAAGCGUAGACAAUCUGCCCUUUCUUCUGGUCAGAAAGCGUCGUCCAGGACUGGACCAAUUGAUCAGGAGGCCAAGCGGCCUCCCACUUCUGGACACCCUCCCGCGGAAAAUACCGAUACUGAAGAAGAGGACGAAGCUUGGCCGGUUCAUUCUGGCGAUUAUAGCGAUGAGACUUUUACCGACCAGGAGCCCGAUGACGACGAAUCUGAGGUUGAUGCGAUGUUGACGGAUGACAUGGAUGAGGAUAUUUAUGAUCUACUUGAGCCGUCUGGUAGUCCGCACGAAGAUCAUGAGCUCGUCGACUCCGACUUGAAAACUUUGCCAUCUCCCAGUCCGACAACCGAAGAACUUGAUCUUUUUGGACGAUACGAUCCCCCGCAUUCGAGGCCAGCUUCUCCUGCGGAAUUUCCGAGACGGAGCAAACGACGACCUUUUUCGAUUCACCCUUCUCAAGAGCCCACUCCUCCAGUUUCAGGCACGGACGACUCCACGUUGACCAUACGCGCCCGCGUAUCUGCUAAGAAGCUGGCUGUGCUCAAGGAUCCAUUGAUCACGAAUCCCACCCACAAAAGCCAAUCCAAAGCAAGCAAACUUCGUCGACAGAACGUUGAUGACGACCCUUUUGAAACACCGCCACCCUCCCCUCAACCUGCUGCAAAACCAAAACGAGCACCCGUCUUGGUUCAGGGCAAUUUCAGAACAGUUUUCAAUUCGAGAGCUACAGGCGCCGGUUCCAACUCUGACAGCGUCGUGGAGGUUGUUGACACAAACAAGACAUGGGCGCCUCAACAGAAUAAAGGGGUUACUACCCGUUCGAGGACGUUGGUCAAACUCAAGAACGAAGCAAGUCCAGUGCAGAAGGUGGAUAAAGGAAAGGACAAGGACCAGAACAUAGACGCCGCCCCAUUGACCAACCAGCUCAAGCGUGCAGAGACGGUGGUUGAUGGCCUAGUCAAGGGCGGUGUAGAUGAGGAUCAUGCCAUGGAUGUCGACGAUGAGCCAGCCGACGGUGCUGCUUUAGUUGAUAAGGGUGUACAGCGCGAGCCUUGUGUUUCUCGCAUCCACCUCGCCGAAAAUGGCCAGUCGAACGACUGCAAUGGCAAGGGUCGAGCAGAAAUUGAGUCGGAGGAGCGUCCAAGCAAGGUGACGAAUGUCAACGUUGUGGUCAAUACAGAACAGGAUCAGACUUCAAUGACACCCGACCCGCCACCUAGACGUCGCCAGCCCGUUCAAGUCAAUGCUGUCGCAACUUCCUCUAAAGUGACGUUUGCGGACUUACCGAUGAAUUCAUCUCCCCAGUUGCCCUAUGAAUAUGGCUCUCUGGACGUUGAACCCCUUUCCCCUCGCUCUUCCACACCUUUAAACACGUCCCGACGUCAAUCGCGUUGCUCUGUUCCUAUUGCGGGAUCAUUAUCCCCUGAAGAGCUUGAAGUUGUAUAUAAAUUCGGUGUGAGAGGAGUCUUGGAGAAGAUGGCAGCGGAUUUAGGGUUCGCGUACAAGCCAGUCCGACUUAUCUUCGAGCAAACCAAGUCCUUCAGUAAGACUUUAGUUGUGCUGCGUCGUAUCAUGGAAGCGGGUAACAACGUUGGGAAUGAGAUGUUGGCAGAGCUAGCUUUGGAGGACGAUGAGGCAGAAGAUGAUGAUGAGGCUAACCAGUCUCACAUCCUAGAUGGUCUUUUUUUCGAUACUCGCCACAAGCCUGAAGUGAAACGAUCCAGCUUGAAUGCCAAUCCUUUCCUUGACGAUGGUCAAAUUUCGGAGUAUUCACCUUCUACAAAGUCUCGUGCCGAGUUUUCUAGGCUUGUGAAACAGGAACGAGAGGAGGAUGCUCUCAGCAGAGAACGACAGCGGAGUGGGCGUCUUCCGCGCAAUUCAUCACCCUCGACACAACCUCCUACACCAUCUCCCCUACCUACCCUGCACCCAAAGGCCGAGCCCGGUGAUCUCACAUCAGAUACCCGAAAAUUGAGCGAAGAAGAAAUGUAUGAUCUCUUUGGCGGACCAUUGUCUCAAUCGACAGUCGAGGAUAGCCAAAGCCAAAUUCAGCCUGAACGUCGUCUUCGGGAACUCAAAGCUGAGUUCAAACGACUCGCCAUGACCGUCACGGCCCAUGAUACCACUGCUUUUGAGUACGAGCAGAAGCUGGAUCCACACGUACUGAGGGCCUGGACAUUGGAAUUGAUUCUUGAAAGGACAGUGCCUCCAUUAAAAUCUUCGCCAUAA